AUGAGCGCCAACGGGCCCGCCCCGGACCCAGCCCCUGUGGCCCCAGAGGCCCCUCCCGCCUCUACCCCUGCCCCUGCCCCUGCUGUGGCCCCCGCCCCAGCUCCCGCGCCACCACCCGCACCUGCUGCCCUGCCUGCCCCAGCGUCCACUACCAUCCCGGUAGGUGCGUUGGCACAGAAGAAGAGGCAGCAGUAUGCCAAAAGCAAGAAACAGGGCAGUAACGCCAACAGCAGGCCCCCGAGGGCUCUGUUCUGCCUCAACCUCAACAACCCCAUACGCAGGGCCUGCAUCAGCCUGGUGGAGUGGAAGCCAUUUGAUAUCUUUAUAUUAAUUGCUAUUUUUGCCAACUGUAUGGCCUUAGCUGUGUAUGUACCCUUCCCAGAAGAUGAUUCCAACUCCACAAACCAUGACCUGGAAACAGUCGAGUAUGCCUUCCUCAUCAUUUUCACAAUUGAGACCUUUCUGAAGAUUAUCGCUUAUGGUUUGGUGAUGCACCAAAACGCUUACGUGAGGAACGGUUGGAACAUGCUGGAUUUCGUCAUUGUCGUCAUAGGACUCUUCAGUGUUGUCUUGGAGCUUUUGACCAAAGAAGAUAAGGUAGAAGUCGAAGCAGAAGGAGAAAUUAACCAUCCGUCAAUGCAGGGACAUGGAGGAAAACCAGGUGGAUUCGAUGUUAAAGCCCUUCGAGCCUUUCGUGUGCUGCGACCCCUGCGGCUGGUCUCAGGAGUACCCAGUUUACAGGUGGUGUUGAACUCCAUCAUUAAAGCCAUGGUCCCUCUGCUCCACAUUGCCCUCCUGGUCUUGUUUGUUAUCAUCAUCUAUGCUAUUAUUGGCCUGGAGCUUUUCAUCGGUAAAAUGCACGCAACCUGCUUCUUGCCUGGUGCAGACGCGCUUGCAGAAGAGGAACCAGCUCCAUGUGCGAUCUCAGGGCACGGGCGGCAAUGCCCCAUCAACGGCAGCGAAUGCAGGGAAGGCUGGCAAGGUCCAAACGGAGGCAUCACUAACUUUGACAACUUCCUGUUUGCUAUGCUGACAGUGUUUCAGUGUAUCACCAUGGAGGGCUGGACGGACGUGCUGUACUGGAUGAACGAUGCUAUGGGCUUUGAACUUCCAUGGGUUUACUUUGUCAGUCUUGUGAUCUUCGGCUCCUUUUUCGUUCUUAACCUGGUUUUGGGUGUGUUGAGCGGAGAGUUUUCCAAGGAGAGAGAGAAAGCCAAAGCACGAGGAGACUUCCAGAAGCUGCGCGAGAAGCAGCAGCUGGAGGAGGAUCUGAAGGGUUACUUGGACUGGAUCACUCAGGCCGAGGACAUCGACCCGGACAAUGAGGAUGAGGCAGAUGAGACCAAGCGCAACCGGGUGACUCUGGCUGACCUUACUGAGAAGAAGAAAGGAAGGUUUGGGUGGUUCAGCCAGUCGUCCGACACUCAUGCGAGCGUUCCAGCGAGCGAAACAGAAUCUGUGAACACAGAGAACCAAAACGGGGAGGAUGAAAAGACACCAUGCUGCGGACCUCUGUGUCAAAAAAUUUCAAAGUCAAAGUUCAGUCGGCGCUGGCGUCGCUGGAACAGGUUCUGCCGAAGGAAGUGCCGGUUGGCUGUCAAAUCGGUGCCUUUCUAUUGGCUGGUCAUCAUCCUGGUGUUCCUCAACACGCUCACCAUAUCAUCAGAGCAUUACAACCAGCCCAUGUGGCUGACACAAGUGCAGGAUGUGGCCAACAAGGUGCUGCUAGCCCUGUUCACGUGUGAAAUGUUGACGAAGAUGUACAGUCUUGGGCUACAGGCCUAUUUUGUGUCAUUGUUCAACCGCUUUGACUGCUUCGUGGUGUGCGGAGGAAUCACUGAAACCAUCCUGGUGGAGCUGGAAAUCAUGUCUCCUCUUGGUAUCUCCGUGUUCCGCUGCGUCCGCCUGCUGAGGAUCUUCAAGGUCACACGUCACUGGCAGUCUCUAAGUAACUUGGUGGCGUCUCUGCUGAACUCCAUGAAGUCCAUCGCUUCCCUGCUGCUGCUGCUCUUCCUCUUCAUCAUCAUCUUCUCGCUGCUGGGCAUGCAGGUCUUUGGUGGAAAGUUCAACUUUGACGAGACCCAGACCAAGAGGAGUACCUUUGACAACUUUCCCCAAGCCCUCCUCACAGUGUUUCAGAUCCUGACCGGAGAAGACUGGAACGCUGUGAUGUACGAUGGCAUCAUGGCGUACGGAGGCCCUUCCUCUUCUGGGAUGAUUGUGUGCUUCUACUUCAUCAUCCUCUUCAUCUGCGGAAACUAUAUUCUGCUGAAUGUGUUCUUGGCUAUCGCUGUGGACAACUUGGCAGAUGCAGAGUCUCUCAACACAGACGAAGCCGACAAGAAAGGGGACAAAAAGGAUGACGAUAAAGAGGAAAAGGAGGAAGAGGAGGAGAAUGACGACACUGCAGGGGACGAGGAGGAUCCAGAAGUUCCAUCUGGGCCUCGGCCGGUCAUCUCUGAUCUGGUAAAGAAGGAAAAGAUCACCCCUAUCCCUGAGGGAAGCGCCUUCUUCAUCUUCAGCACCACCAACCCGUUUCGUGUGUUUUGCCACAAACUCAUCAACCACCACAUAUUCACCAACCUCAUCCUGGUGUUCAUCAUGCUCAGCUCCGUGUCUCUUGCUGCUGAGGAUCCAAUCCGAAACUUCUCAGCUCGAAAUAUUAUACUUGGUUACUUUGACUAUGCUUUCACGGCUAUCUUUACUGUUGAGAUCGUAUUGAAGGUCCUAGGCUAUGCAGAUUAUGUCUUCACUAGUAUGUUUACAUUUGAGAUCGUAUUGAAGAUGACAACAUAUGGAGCCUUUCUCCAUAAAGGGGCAUUCUGUAGAAAUUACUUUAACCUCCUCGACCUGUUGGUGGUGGGAGUUUCCCUCGUCUCCUUUGGCAUUCAGUCCUCGGCCAUCUCAGUGGUGAAGAUUCUUAGGGUCCUUCGAGUUCUUCGACCCCUGAGGGCCAUCAAUCGGGCCAAAGGUCUUAAGCACGUGGUGCAGUGUGUGUUUGUGGCCAUCAGAACUAUCGGAAACAUCAUGAUCGUCACCACUCUGCUCCAGUUCAUGUUCGCCUGUAUAGGGGUGCAGCUAUUUAAGGGAAAAUUUUACCGCUGCACAGAUGAAGCCAAGUCCAACUCAGAAGAGUGCAAGGGCACCUACAUCCUGUAUAAGGAUGGAGAUGUGAACCAGCCGACCAUCCACAGACGGAUGUGGCACAACAGCGACUUCAACUUUGACAACGUCCUCAUGGCUAUGAUGGCACUGUUCACUGUGUCCACCUUUGAAGGCUGGCCUUCUUUGCUAUACAAGGCAAUCGACUCUAACAGGGAGAACCUGGGUCCCAUUUACAACUACCGCGUGGAGAUUUCCAUCUUCUUCAUCAUUUACAUCAUCAUCAUUGCUUUCUUCAUGAUGAACAUCUUUGUAGGUUUUGUGAUCGUCACAUUUCAGGAACAAGGAGAGAAAGAGUACAAAAACUGUGAACUCGACAAAAAUCAGCGUCAGUGUGUGGAGUACGCUCUGAAGGCACGUCCACUGAGGAGGUACAUCCCUAAGAACCCGUACCAGUACAAAUUCUGGUACGUGGUGAACUCCACCGGGUUUGAGUACAUCAUGUUUGUGCUUAUUAUGCUCAACACGCUCUGCCUGGCCGUACAGCACUACGGCCAGUCAGCGCUCUUUAACUACGUAAUGGACAUUCUCAAUAUGGUCUUCACCGCUGUCUUCACUGUGGAAAUGGUUCUCAAACUCAUCGCUUUCAAGCCCAGGCACUAUUUCGCUGAUGCUUGGAACACAUUCGAUGCCUUAAUUGUUGUCGGUAGUGUCGUCGAUAUUGCUAUCACUGAAGUGAAUCCAACGGAGACUCCUCAGGUGGAUGAGCAGGGGAACACGGAGGACAGCGCUCGCAUCUCCAUCACCUUCUUUCGUCUCUUUCGAGUCAUGCGGCUGGUCAAGCUCCUCAGCAGAGGGGAAGGCAUUCGAACGCUGCUUUGGACUUUUAUCAAAUCCUUCCAGGCGCUGCCCUAUGUUGCUCUUCUGAUAGCCAUGCUGUUCUUUAUCUACGCUGUCAUUGGCAUGCAGGUGUUUGGAAAGGUUGCCAUGGUGGACGGCACACACAUCAACAGAAACAACAACUUCCAGACGUUCCCUCAGGCUGUGCUCCUCCUCUUCAGAUGUGCCACUGGAGAGGCGUGGCAGGAGAUCAUGUUGGCCUGUAUGCCAGGGAAACUGUGUGACCCAGAGUCUGACUACAACCCCGGGGAGGAGAUGACGUGUGGCAGUGGAUUUGCAAUAAUUUACUUCAUCACCUUCUACAUGCUUUGCGCCUUCUUGAUUAUCAACUUGUUUGUGGCCGUCAUCAUGGACAACUUUGACUAUCUAACACGUGAUUGGUCCAUUCUUGGUCCACACCACCUCGAUGAAUUCAAAAGAAUUUGGUCAGAGUACGACCCCGAGGCCAAGGGCAGAAUAAAGCAUCUGGAUGUUGUGACACUUCUUCGUCGCAUCCAGCCUCCUCUCGGCUUCGGCAAGCUGUGCCCUCACAGAGUCGCUUGCAAGAGGCUGGUAGCUAUGAACAUGCCUCUAAACAGUGACGGCACAGUCAUGUUUAACGCCACUUUGUUUGCACUGGUGCGCACUGCCCUGAAGAUCAAAACAGAAGGUAAUCUAGAGCAGGCCAACGAAGAGCUGCGAGCUGUCAUCAAGAAAAUUUGGAAGAGAACCAGCAUGAAGCUCCUGGAUCAAGUGGUGCCCCCUGCUGGUGAUGAUGAGGUAACCGUGGGGAAGUUCUAUGCCACCUUCCUGAUACAGGACUACUUUAGGAAAUUCAAGAAACGUAAAGAGGAAGGCCUGGUGGGUGCUCACCCGACGCAGAACAACACAGCUAUCGCUCUACAGGCUGGCCUUCGCACCCUGCAUGAUAUCGGGCCCGAAAUUCGCCGAGCGAUAUCAUGUGAUCUGCAGGAUGACGAGCUAGUAGACUUUAUUCCAGAGGAAGACGAGGAAAUUUAUAGGCGUAACGGCGGACUCUUCGGUAACCAUCUCAUGAAUGGUGGUCAUCGGCGAUCCAACGGCCACCAGACCAACGCCACACAGCGACCUCUGCAGGUGCAGCCUCCACCCCACUACGCCCACAUGGACCAGCCGGUGGGACGCCUGUCUCGAGCCAACGCAAUGUCCCACCCCAACCACCAUCACCACCACCACCACCAUCACAACCGCCACCACAACUCCUACGGCAAGUCUCCAAAAUCCACCAACAUCAACCUCAACAAUGCCAACGUGUCCAGCCUGCCUAACGGAGGACACCAUCGGUACUAUGAGCAUGCACCGCCCAACGGCUACCCAGGUCUUCGCAGCUCCUACUAUGACUACGAGAAGCCCCGGACUCCUCAGGGGCAAAGAAGGCGCUACUAUGAGACCUAUGUUAGGUCACAUGGAGUCGAUGGACACCACCCUACCAUCCGCAGGGAGGAGGAGUUUGAUGAAGACCGGCUCUCCGGGGAGUAUUACAGCGGGGAGGAGUUCUAUGAGGAUGACAGCAUGCUGUCAGGAGAGAGGUAUCAGAACAGUGACACGGAGUAUGAGACUCCCAAAGGUUACCAUCACCCUGACAGUUACUAUGACGAUGACGAGCAGCCGCUUUACCACGACUCACGGAGGUCACCAAAGAGACGGUUACUGCCUGCCACGCCUCAAGGUCACAGGAGGCCAUCCUUCAACUUUGAGUGUCUGCGCAGACAAGGUAGCCAGGACGAGCUUCCACACCAGCGUACUGCUCUGCCACUGCACCUUAUGCAGCACCAGGUUAUGGCUGUAGCAGGCCUGGACUCCAGCAGAGCCCACCGCCUCUCCCCGACCCGCUCCACCCGCUCCUGGGCCACGCCCCCCGCCACUCCGGCCAGUAAGGACCAGUCGCCAUACUACACCCCUCUCAUCCGAGUCGACCACAAACACAGGGGGAGCUCUGCCAGCAGCCAAGUGUCUGUGCGGAAGAGCUCCUGGUACACUGACGACCCGGAAUUCUCCCAGAGGAUGUACUCACCUGUCCACCUGCAGGUGCCGCCGGAGUACCACAACCAGUACCACCAGAAGAGAGGCAGCGCUACCAGCCUUGUGGAAGCGGUUUUGAUAUCUGAAGGGCUUGGGAGAUAUGCCAAGGAUCCCAAGUUCGUCGCUGCCACAAAGCACGAGAUAGCAGAUGCAUGUGAGAUGACGAUAGAUGAGAUGGAGAGUGCAGCCAGCCACCUGCUGAACGGAGGGAUGGCCCCAAGCGUCAACGGGGUCAACGUGUUCCCCAUCCUGACUCCAAGGGACUAUGAACUGCAGGACACUGCAGCCAGCUACAGCGACGAGGAGCCAGAGACAGAACCCAGAGCUCCUUAUGAGGAGGACCUGGCAGACGAGAUGAUCUGCAUCACGACUUUAUAGCAGUGGCUGUAGAAAACUGCAACGUAGAACUUUGUCAGACUACAACCUGUGGAAAUUUAAAAAAGAAAUGCAUCUGUUGGCUCUGACCAAAAGAAGUGCCUUUAACAUUGGAGGGAAAAGGCAUAUAGAAGAGAGACACAUUAGUCCUGUUCAUUUAAUUGUUCUCCACCUUCUGGCAACAGAGGUCACAACAAAGAGCCAGAUACCUGCUGAGCACGGAGGCACUGGAGGUGACUUACAGUUUCAGCCUGCAGCCAAUCAGAGAUGAGGACAUUGAUACCAGUGAAAGAUGGACCAAUUGGCAAAGGUUUGAGAUACUCUCUAAGGGUGAUGACAAUCAGAUGUACGAUGUCAUUACCUCGGUCACUUUAUUAAGGUUUGGCAUAUCAUGCAAGUUUUCAAUGCAAGCAUAGAAAGGCAUAUCUCCUCCCGUAGUUCCUACUCGUUCCCUUUGUUGUUUUAGUGCAGACCGUUUAAUGAUCGCUACAGCUGAGUCAAAAAAGUGAAGAGCACCAGUAGAGUCGUACCAGAUUAUGCAGGAACUAACUGUCCUACUUAUAGCAUCAUUCAACUUGAGAUAUGUACUUUUGAAGCGACAAAAGCAUUUGUGAUAAAUGCACUAGCAGGCAGGUUAUUUUAAAAUUUUAGAAUAUCCUGAUUAAUAUUUCCUAGUUGAUAUGCUGUAAAUUGUAUUAUAUAACAAAAGAAACUUUGUAAAGAGAUAUUCUAUAUUUUGUAAUUAUGUAUAAUUUAAAAGAUCAGCAAUAUGGACCCUUGUGACUCCUGUUAUGCUAUAAAAGCAGACUUUUUUAUUUGCCUUUUUUGCUGAUAUGCACCCUUUUUUUGCCUAUGAAAACAGCAUUUUUAAGACGUUCUGCUUGUGUGACUACGAUACUGCACAAGAUAUGCAAAUGGCUUUGAUUUCUUAGCUUAGGAGAACACGUGUUACUUAAUUAAACCAACACCAGUUGCAUAAGGUUAAGCCCCCUUUAAAGGAGCAUUUUUAGGAUCCAGCGCAGAAAUUUUAUACAGAUGUGACGAACACCUUUGUUUGCAUAUUUUGUGCAGGGCAUGCACAAGAAUUUAAGAUGCAUAGUGCAUUAACAAUGCUGCUUUUUUAGUUGGUUUCAGAGUCAAACCUAGGUCAGCCCCUACUGAAAUGCCUUUUUGCUGCUGAAAGAACGGGAAAUGAUAGAUGGUUAUAACAGGGAUAAAUACAUAUUUAUCAUAGCUUGUGCUGGGAUAUUCCAUGACAUACUCUUCGUUGAGGGUGUAAUUCCAUUCAACCUUUGUACUGAAUCUUGGCAAUCACAUCUCAGCCUUCGUAAAGUGUGAGAGGCUUCGCAGCGGUGUGGUGGCAGGAGGCUCGUGCACACAUCCAAAGGUCAGAAACAGUCCCAACGUGUUGUAGGAAGAAGGACAGAGGGUGUCCUGCUGUCAGGAUGCUGGAGAGAGGCUAAGCAAUACUAAACCCCCCGCCCCUUUCUCUCUCAGCCGGCCUGGUUCCUGCAUACAGUAUACCUCGUUAGGCAAUGUGACAACAUAUCAUUGUCUCAAUUUACCUGUCUGUCAGUGUCCCGCAGUCAAGUCUGUGAACGAGAUUGGGAUUGAACCUGGACUUUGUGUUUUUAUCAUAUUUACUAAUGAGGCUAGGAGGGAGAACUCAACAUGGAUGCAUAAAAUGAGCAACUGAAGCCCACAGGUAUGAACACAGGACAAUAAAGUUUAUUUUGUUUUGAUCAAUUUUCCUUUAUUUAUCUAUUACAACACCGAUACUGGACUAAGUAAACUGAAGUGGGCUUUUUCAGGCAUAACCAUUGAGAGUUUGAAUUAGCGCCUAGGAUAUUUAGGGUUAAUGUGUUCAUGAGUUUUUGAUUUGUAGGCGAGUGCGCUCUGUACUCUAAUUCAACCGAAUACUGUCAUGAAAAUGUAGGUUUUCCAUUUUGUGUGCACAUUGAAAGGGCUCUUUGAAUUGUUUGUGAGUAAAAAAAAAUUGUGUUCUAGUCCUUUUGUUGAUGACUGUCAUAUAAAAGGACCAAUGCACAUAACAGGCAUAUUGUACUAUUCGUAGCAAAUACAGUACUGAUGAACUGAAGAUAUGCAUUAUUUUGUAAACACUUUUAAAAGUUGUGUUGAACUUCAGAUGAAAAGAACUUACUUUUACCUCAUGUCAGGGAUUCCUGAAAAAAGAAAAGAUGAUUUGGUCUAUACCAAUGGUAUUUAAAUAUUAGCACAUAGCUGUUUGUCUUUGCACAAGUAACUGUAUAGUGCUUUUGUUUCUCCUUUUUCUAAACAGAUUUGUGUAUUAAGGUGAGACAAUUUUGUACUUUUUGUGACUGUGUGUAUGGUUUAGUGGAAUCUAUAUUUGUCAUUUACACAUUACCUUACAAUGCUGGGAAUGAAAGAGUAUUAAAAAAUAUUUUCAAGGUGCACUGUUUCUCUGUUCGCAGGUAGGGGAAAAAAUAAAAAUGGUAGAGUACCGGUUUACAGAGAAACACAUUAUUAAUUUGAACAUUUCUAUUAGUUUUCUUCAUAUUGUUAUGAUUAUAAUUACUCUUACAACUAUUAAUGUUCUGAAAGCUGUAUUAAAAUAGAAGAUAAUGUAAAAUAUGUACAAACGUAUGGAAAGACCCAUGGUAAUGUUCUCUACUUGAAAGUCUUGAUAUUUGCUCCUUAAUGUUUUUAUUCAGUAAACAUCAUUUCUCUUAGUAGCAAAUGCUUUACUAUAACCUUCUAGGUUUUAUAUCAAUACAUUUUUUGUAUUUUUCAUUUUAUUUUGGCCUUGACUUUAUUUGAAUCGAAACUAAUAUUUUAUUUUCUAUUGAUCAUCAUUGAAUAAACUUAUGCUGAAUUACUGCUCUCGUUUAUUUGUAUUCUGCACAAAACCUGUACACUGUUUCUGUCACCACUAACUAAGUCUGUACAUGUGAAGUCAAAGAAAUAUUAAUCCUAACCAUCAAUCCAUCAUUUAAGAAAUACAAACCCAUCUAAACAUUGGAGUUAUAGUGUUGCUGAUAAGUGUGCGUCAGGUGACAAAAAGAAGUGCAAUCUGGAUUGUGAACC